AUGAUUGAGUUUCCUGUCUGUGCACCUGUCGUCUGCGAAGAAAACGCGUAUCUUGAUACAAUACAAUGUGAGGAAGAAAAUGAGCAUGAAGAAAUAGAUAGCACAAAUGACAAUCCCAUUGGUUAUGCAGAUGCACUUAAAUAUUUGGAAAAUAUUGAAAAUAUUUUUUGCAAGAAUCUGUGGAAUCGGUUUACUCGUUGUGACGGAAGUGUUGACCCAUUGGACAUUAAGGAAGUAAAUACAUUUAUCUCGUUAUGGCUGGAACAUGGGUCAGAUGAUAUAAAAGAAAUAUUAGAUGCAUUCACAAAAAACGAUUCCGAACUUGAAUCGGACCAAGUAGGCAAUUUAAUUACCAAAGAAAAAGAAUUAGAAAGCAACAUUAAUGGCAACCAAGAAAUAGUCGAAAGUGACUGUGAAGACCCAGAAGGUUGUUUAUUUGAGAUUAUUUUAGAUUUAUGGGAAUUUGGAGAAUUUGACUUAGACUCUGAAAUUAUGGAUAUGCGUUGUUAUCGAACUAUAGGAGGACUGUACCAUUUGGAAUUGCUAAGUCUUCCCCCUCAACCAAUAAUAAUUAAUCAAAAUCUGAAAGCAUUAUAUGAUUUUGGAAUCAAUAUCUUUCCCAGCGAAGAUUCAAACUACUUUUUACAAAUGAAUAAAAAAGUUGAAUUUUUAUCAAAAUUUAAAGAGAAAAAAAAUAACCGACAAACUAUAUUUUAACAUUUCGGUUGCAGCACCGAUGGUAGGAUUUGCUUAUUCAC